AAGUUGUCUCUGGUCUCUAGGUGCGGAGCGAAAUGCGCUAAAGUUUUGAACAUUUGAACUUGUAAACAAUUUAACUGAAUAACUGAAUGCAUAGACGGCUAUUCUUUAUCCUUCAGACAAACCUGAGAUUCGAAAGUGAUGUGGUGUUUAUGUCUCAGAUACUGAUUAAUUGCUUUUGUUAAUAAACCUACAGUAAUGCAUAUUUAUUACUGUUAAUGAUUUGUUAGCAAACCUAGGUUUAAUAACAAUGAAUAAAGCUACACGUCUCAGAUUAAAAAAAAUCAAGGAUGGAAAGCUGAGAGAAGUUGUGGAUGAUCUUAAGGAUGUUCUUGGCAGUGGCAGCCACCAGGAGGAAGCGAGGGGGUUGUUCAUCCAACUCGCGUACUACACGACCUCUGUCAAGGGUGAGUUGUCUGCCAGCGAGCUGGAUGCAGCGUGCGAGCUCAGCGAGGUGUGCUGCCGUGCUCUCGAGUUGGGGGAGCUGUCGGCUGACACCAACUUCGUCACCUCCCUCUACCACAUCGCCAGGCUGCUAGUGCAAAAGGAAAGAAUUGAAGAUUCUCUAGUAUUGCUUGAAUGCAUAUUAGUAACAGCUGAAAACUACAAACAGAGUGAUCUCAAUGUGGAAAAUAUUUACUUAAACCUGCACUUGCUGUUUUUGGACUUGUCGAAAGCUUUGGAAAUCAAGUGUAAUGGGAACCAAACUGAAGAGAGCAGUAAAAUUUGGCUGAGUGUUUUUGAAGGAGCAUUGUUAAUUCUUGCCUAUGUUAAUGGCACACACGUAGGACAAAUUUUUGGACAUCUUGCUAAGUGUUCAAGUGCGAACAUGAAGUUGCUCCAUCUGAAGGUUUUCUCUGCCAUCAAGACUCACGCUGGAAGUAAUGUUCAGCUGUCAGACUUGAAGACGGUGUUCCAGCAGUUCUGCUUCAUGACUGCCAUCUUGUUGAAGUCGUACGUGGUGGUGAAUGAGUUGAGCCUCGGCCUGGAAGUACUGGGGGCAGCGUUUGACUGCAUGGGCGUGCUCGUGGGAGCAGGCAGCGUCCACGCACAGUGCCUGACGACGCUCCGCGAAGUCAUCCUGCUGUUUGCCAGCAAGGACGCGGAGACCCUGGCCGCCCGGCUGGAGAGUUGCAACGAGAGGGUGGGGCGCCUGGCGGACCUGAGCCGGGAGCCGAGGGAAGCGGUCGACGUGAUGCUGGUGUCGGCCGCCAGGGUGGCUCUGGACGUGCGAACGCACCUCUGGGACGGGAUGUGCGCCGACCGGUGGAACGACCUGCUGGGGGUGUCGACCCAGACGCGGCUGCACUUCUUGCUCCUGAGCGUGUCUCAGCAGCUGGGGGGCCGGGCGGGCGACCGAGCGAGCCUGCGGCUGUCCGUGUGCCUGGACAGCAUGGUGCUGCACUGUGUCUACAAGUCCGCCGGCCACGACACCCCGGGCUUCCGGACGCUUGUGCCCCAGGCCGUGUCCGUGCUUGGCAAGUGCGUCAACACACUGCUGGAGAUGAAGAGUGCAGAUGUGUUUUGGACUACUGUCUGGAAAGCAGUCGCUGUGGACUGCUACAAUCUGGCGUCCAUCUGCGUGAAGCUGAGCAUGUUUCAUCUGGCGAGAGAUCUGCUGGUGACUCUCUACCAGGGCGUGCUACUGCUGGAAGACUCCCACCUCGAGCCUGUCUGUUUCAAGGACGGCCUGUUUGUAACUCUGGAUACCUUGGUGAGUGUGUACCUGGGACUGAACAAGGCCAAGAGUGCUCUGUUGGCGUGUGCUGUUGGCAUUGUUUCAACACCACCGGCCAUUCGUAGCAGCGUGUUCGUGCUCUGGGCUGACGUAAAGAAGAAAAAUUCAGAUGACGAAAACAUUCAGGCAAUUACUGUUCAAGAUUUGCUGACUACUCAGAAAUCAAAAUUAGCUGCAAUAAACCCAAAUUUGAACUAUGUAGGUUUGAAUUAUUCUGAAUUGACUGCGAUGGAGUUAGAGGCAUAUCACAGAACAAACGUGAACCUGCCCGGGAGCGUCGAGGCGGCGUACAGCACGGUCCCACCGUCGCAGUGCGUCCCGUACUGCAGGGCGCUGUACGUCAAGCUGCACUGCAUGUGGCGGGCACAGGGCACCGAGCUAUGCGACAGUGCCGUGGCCCUGUGCCAAGAGGCCAUCUACCGCCUGAAGAAGGCCAGCAAGAACUGUCCAACAUCAGAAAGGCAACUUCAUUUGUUUUUUGUGGCGCAGAUGCAUUUUUGUCUUUUUCUACAUAACUUUAAGAGGAUCCAUGCUAAACAAAAGGAGGAAGUGGAUGCAAUGCGUGUAUUUCCCACCAAAAAAAUUUGUAACACCGGGAGUGUACCGGACCCAAAUGACGAGUGUGAUGAGAUCCCUGCUUACGCAGAUCUCACCGUUGUCAAGGAGCAAGAAGUUCUUCAUUAUGUGGAUGAGGCUGUGUCGUACUGGACUGAAGCGCUGUCGAACGAGGCUGCUCCGCACGGAGACGUCAACUUGGCCGCCCAGUUCGAUGACUUGGAGGCGGCAGCGUCCAUCUACCAUGUGUACGGCCUGCGGACGCGUGGCCUCGGAGUGUGGGGGCUCUACUACAAGCUGGGGCGUGGCGUGGGAGACAGGCGGGCAUGUCUGACCGCUUUGUGCCAUUUGAUGGAAGAGGUGGUGUGCAAAAAUGAUCAUCCAAAAUUUACUGAAAUGGUGGACAUUGUUGAUGAACUAGAAAUAGAUUCCAAUUCCAGCUCUACUACCAAGAAUCUGUUGUUCUUGUACUAUCUCAGCCGAAGUGCAAACUGUUAUAUAAAUAAGAGGUAUGAAGAAGGUGUACAGUUCUUGAAGAAGAUGCCAGACCUGAGCAAGUAUGCUACCAUGUUGCUGUGUGUUCGGUACAAAGUGCUGGUUGCAAAGUACCUGCUGCUGUGGCCGGAAGUGGUCACGCCAGACGAGUUGGGCGAAGCUCAGGUAUCGCUCGUCAUCAGGACUGCUUUCGAUUACAUACGCUCUUAUGUAGCUUCAUUUACCUCUGGUUCAGGCAGUGUGUGCACGUACUAUCAGAUGCUGUACGUCUUGUUCGAGACGUCUUUGUAUCGUGGGUGGCAGUUUUUGCAACUCUGUUGGCCCCGUGAAGCCAGGUGCUAUCUCACAGGUGACUUGAUUCUUGCCCAGAAACUGGCAUUUGCAACGAGAACAGUCCAGUUCUUGUCGCUGCUGGCACAAGUGGAUGUGCUGUGUGGAGCCUUGGAUGACGCCCACGUGAAGGUUGUGGGCAUGAGGUUCAUCCUGUGCCUGCAGGCACUGUCUUUUCGAGAGAUGUUCUCCCCCAUGAAGGGUAGCCCGGCAGAACUCGACGGCCUCGUCAUGCAGCUGGACUCGCUCGCGCUCGGCGAAGGUGACCAAAAGGACAUCUGGAGGGACUGUGCGUACACGGAUGACAUGGACGGGUCUCCGGUGUUGCGCAAGGAACCGUUCUCGAUGCCAGAGUUCGUCUCGCAUGGAGAUUGCUGCAGUUGCACGUGGUGUGCCAACCUGGCCGCUCAGCAUCUCACCUUGGACGUCACGAUGUUGGAAGCUGUGCUACACUUCUACCACGACGACAAGAAGACUGCGCUCGACUUCUUCAAGGGAGGGAUUCGCCUCGCGGAGAGGUUGACGGCGAAACGAGCAAAGCUGAUGGAGAGGUGGUGCGAACGAGUGCUGUUCCCGGAGGAAGUGUGCAACAGCUUGGUACUGCCCACGUGCGAGAGCUUCACCAUCUCCAGAGUCAAGUUGUUGCUUCAUUUCAGUGACCUGCUUUGCAGCCAGUGCUUGUUCGGAAUGGCACUCAAGUCUAAUGAGCAUGCUUUUACGCUGCUUGCUGGUGUGAACGACCAGAACCUGUGGUGCGAGGCAUGGAGGCAGCAAAUGGAUAUAGCUCUCCUUGCAGAGAAGGAUGCGCUUAGUCAUAUUAGUGAUCUGGAAGGCGAGAGCGUCGACAGGAACGGUGAAGACGAGAGGCUGUCCCCAGUCGCCGAGAGCUUCAAAACGCCCGAGUGCACGGCCAGGCGGGGGGCCGGGCCCAGCAGGUUCCGCUUGCUGCGGAGGGUGCCCGCGAGCUCGCCCGGGGCGGAGGAGCUGGACGACGUGUUCGGCCCGGCGACCCCGCCUGGGAGCGUCGGGAGGACGGUGCAGGAGUCCGGGCGUCGCGUCGUAUUGUUCAGCAGUCCCGAGGACGGGGAACAGCGCAAACAAUUCGAAAGUAUCGGACAUUCCAGGAAAACAGUCACCGGCCUUAAAAAGAAAAAAGAAAACAACGGACACCUUGUCGGCAACCGCGAAGGGAAAGUGCACGUUUACGUCGAUUCUCCCGACGAGUCUCCGGAAAAGUGUUUUAAGACGCCGAAGCAGAACAGAACCCGCAACAAAGCACGGACGGUGAACACCGCUGACAAGCAGAAGAAAGCGGUGCCGUUGUCGGAAAAUAGGCGUGCGUUGUCGACCGACGAGGCUGCACAGACUGCUACCCCUGGUGCUACGCGCCGUCAGACUCGAAAAGGAUGUUUGAAAAAAAAUGCAUUUAUUUUGUAGUAAAUUGAAGUGGUUUGGCUCAAGCUGAUUAUUUAAUAAUUCUUGGGAUGUUGAAUUUUACUGUACUUUUCCUGGUUAGUAAAACAUUGAUAAAUUUCAGGAAAUAAUUAAGUGCUGUUAUAUUAUUGGUUUUUGAUACUUAAUCCAUUUUACCUGUAAAUUUCAAUUAUAUUUUUACACGAGAGUGAAUUGUCUUGCAGCUGCCUGUAUGUUCGCUGUUAAUUGUUUUAUACCGAUUAACUUUUAUAUUUAGCUUGAAGGCAGCCUUGUAAAUUAUGUAUGUACUUUUAGAAAACUUUCUGUAAUGUGAUGCUUGUGGGAGAGCAGUUUUUACAUUGACUAAUAAAAUUAUGGUGUAUUAAAAAAAUACUGUGUUAGUAUGUAUUUUUGGAGUAUUAUUAAAUUUACAGUUUUUGCAUUUUUUAGGUUUUUGCAUAUGUGUAUUGUAUAAUAAAACCAUUCUAAAAUUUGGCACUUCACCACAUAUUACACUAAUCAGGCUGGUUUCUUUGCAGUUAUAAUAAACCGCAAAGUUGGCACUUGCCUGUUGAACUGAGGGUUCUGUACCAUGUGUGAAACCGACUCUUUUAACCUACAAACUGUUUUAUUUGUUAUUAUUCUUUGUGCUUGUUGUAUAAAAGGAUUGAGUAAAACCAGCUUAAAAAGAUUUUCUGCAUAAUAAGUUUAAAUAAUUUAGUACUUUUUAAGUAAACACUUAUUAACCAGGUUUUACUGUAUUCCCAUUGUCAGAUUUGAAUUUUGUAUUGCCCUCUACUAUGAUUACUGGAAUAUUAAAAAUUUCUUCAAAUGUA